GAAUGCGGAAAUGUGAGGAAAACACUUGGAAUAGGUGGAAAAAUGAUGAGAUAGUGGAUUAUUUGUGCAGCAAACGUGCAUAUUUUAAAAAAAUGAUAAUUAAUUCGUGAAUCUUGAUACAUUUUUUGUCCAAUUUGCAGCUUAUUUAGUCUGGACUUGACCUGUCAGGCCGGUUAGUGCUGAUUAGAUGGAACUAAGUCAAGAGUAAAAUCAUCAGAAACAGAAGACCAGUCAGUACAUCUGCACACAUCUGUAUUAAAGGCAAUGGAUGAAGCCGAAAUUAAAGUCGCCUUCGUGAGCAACCUCAACGGCACGACGCUGACUGAAGUAUCUCUCGGAUGCUUCCUCGCCCCUCUCUGUUUUAUCAGCCGAGGCUUGUUCAUCCUUAUGUUUCACCUAAAUAAAGGUGUUCUCCCACUAAGCAGUAGCGCUCACCUGCUUUUGGAUUUCGCUCUGCUCAUCACGCCGCUGGUCCUCUCAUGCACUAUCCUGAGUGAUAUCCUUCAUUGGGUUAUAAUAGUCAUCACUGUCGCUGAUGUUUGCGCAAUUUCUCUGUUGUACUCAAAUAAGAAUAAAAGACCUGCCAGUUAUCGGAGUUUGAUUGACAGCUUUGAACACAGUCAUGUUGAGUCCAAAGUGGUGCCUUUUGUGACUGCGUUCAGGGUGCUGGUCAACGUCAAGACAGCUAUCAGCAUCCUUGCUGUAGAUUUUAGUGUUUUUCCAAGACGAUACGCCAAAACGGAGACAUACGGGACAGGGGUUAUGGACUUCGGAGUGGGCGCUUAUGUUAUGGCUAAUGCAAUGGUGUGUCCUGAAGCUAGAGGGAAAAAAGUACAGGGCUCAAAACUGAGCCAUUUGGCGAAGCAGCUUUUCUCUGUCUGGCCCCUGGUCGUGCUCGGAUUUGUGAGGCUGGCGAGCGUGAAAUCAUCAGGCUAUCAUGAACAUGUCACUGAAUACGGACUGCACUGGAACUUCUUUUUCACUUUAGCCAUAGUGAGAGUGGUGGCGUCGGCUAUACUCGCCAUGUUUCCCAUCAACAUCUCCUGGCUCUUGUCUUUGCUGAUCAGUGGAGCUUACCAAGUCGUCUUAGAGACAACAGAUCUGAAACGGUUUCUCACUCAGAACGCUGAGCGCAGUAGCUUCGUGCAAGCCAAUAAAGAAGGAAUAUUCUCUGUAGUGGGUUACGUUGCUGUUUACAUGGCCGGUGUUCAGGUUGGUGUCUAUCUAAUGCAGACUAGAACUCUGGUCAAAGACUGGAUACGAGUUCUCUGGAAGCUUCUCCUUGGAAGCUUUGGGCUGUGGGUUGCUUUACACGCCUGUCAGACGCACAUCGAGCCGGUUUCACGUCGCAUGGCCAAUCUGCCGUUCUGUCUAUGGACCAUAGCACAGUCCUUGUUUUUUCUUUCCUGUUUGGGCCUAGCUGAUAUUGCAUUGCUUUUUGCCAAAGUGGUGUCCAAUUUCUCUGCUGUGUCAGCCUCCUGGAAUCCACGUCGACAUUCGGAAACGGAACAGAAAAUACGGAGCAAACUGGACGCUUUGUGUCUGAUUCAGUCUGUGAGCAGGAAUCAGUUGCUGUUUUUCCUGCUCGCGAAUGUAAUGACUGGAUUAACAAACAUCCUCGUAGACACUUUGAAAAGCAACGACUUCUUUGCGGUUUGUGUUUUGCUCUCUUACAUGUUCAUAAACAGCUUAAUUAUAUUCAUUUUACAUGUCAAUAAUAUUACAAUUAAAUUUUGGUAAUUUUUUUUUCUCCUUGGUUUAAUCAGUUUAAUCAGUAAUCGCUGCUGUGGAGAUAUUAUUUGAACAAGAUUGUAGGUUAUAAUUCGGACCAAUCUGUUAUGUAUUUAUUACUUUGUGAUAUCAAAUAAAAGAAACUUUGUGAGCUCAUACAGUGCCUGUUUUAAUACUAAUAAGGAAGAUGCAACCUGCUGUUAUAAAAUUGCUGUA